AACGCAGCCACGCAGGCAAGAGGCAAAGGCAACAGCCGCCUGCCGCUCCAAAGCAGCCCGUGAUUACGUCAGCGCCCGCGUACUCCUCCCUUCUUCCUCGCCGCCCCGCCCCCUUGUCGUCGCGUCGUCCUGUUGAGGCCUCGGCACGAGGGCACGCGAUCCCGUCACCGCUCGCCUCCUUCUCCAAACACUAGCUCCGCUUCCCGUUCCCAUCCCGCUGUAACGCCGCAAGAUCGGGAGGGGGACGAGGAGAGGUCGGCCGGGAGGAGAUGCACCGAGACCGAGGCGUCUCGGCGGCGGCGGUCCCCGGUGACCGGAAGCGGAUCGGCGAGCCGAUGGACAGAUCGUCUCCGUCCACGUCAUGGGGGUUUUCCGGAGGCCGCGAGAAGGAGCGGAUCGGCGGGGGCAAGCAGCCGGAGAUGUCUCGCUCCGGCGGCGGAUCCACCGCCAUCUCCAAGAGCAUGCUCUUUGACGAAUCAGAAACCGACAGCGAAGAAUCAGAUGUGAGUGGUUCUGAUGGGGAAGAUACUUCGUGGAUUUCAUGGUUCUGUAGUUUAAGGGGUAAUGAGUUUUUCUGUGAGGUUGAUGACGAGUACAUACAAGAUGAUUUCAACCUGUGUGGGCUAAGCAACCAAGUUCCAUAUUACGACUAUGCGCUUGAUCUGAUAUUAGAUGUUGAAUCUUCCCAUGGUGAUAUGUUCACAGAAGAGCAAAAUGAACUCAUUGAAUCAGCUGCUGAGAUGCUCUAUGGAUUGAUUCAUGUUCGGUAUAUUAUUACAAGUAAAGGGUUGUCGGCAAUGCUGGAUAAGUACAAGAACGUUGAUUUCGGUAGAUGCCCUCGAGUGAAUUGCAGCGGCCAACCAUGUCUUCCUGUUGGGCAAUCAGAUGUUCCUCGUUCGAGUAUGGUGAAGAUUUACUGCCCUAGAUGUGAAGACAUCUACACUCCAAGAUCCAAACAUCUAAGCAACAUCGACAUCGACGGGACUUACUUUGGGACAACAUUCCCCCACUUGUUCCUGAUGACAUACCCGCAUGUGAAGCCCCAGAAGCCGUUGCAGCAAUACGUUCCCAGGGUAUUUGGGUUCAAAAUUCAUAAGCCAUGACAAAUUUGAAGGUUGAACGUGUAAAAGGUUCAUCUGCGUUCGAUAGCUCUUUGUGAUCUGCUGGUUUAUGUGUGUCCAUGAUCCCUGCAGUGUUCACACGACACGUCAUCGGAAUACACCUGACCCCCGGCUGACCUCCCUAGUCUGGUUGCCUGAUAUUCUGAUUUGAUGCUUGUGGUUUGUUUAGCCUAGUCAAUUAUUCCAUAUUUUUUCACGAUCUUAUGUACCGUGGUUCUAAUGGUUUAAUAUAUGUGUUUUUUUUUUCAAAAAACCAUCCAUAUUUUUUGAAAAAGAAAAGUUACUGUAUUUUAAUUUCAAAGUUAAAAAGGGCAACGCGUGUGAUGUCGUUGCCGCCUGUUCUAUUAUUCUACCGCUGCUGUGAUAGUUGCAUCAAUAACUAUACACGGCUCAUAUUUCUUUGCUCUGAUUGUCAUCGUGCGCCUUUCUUACUUAAGAUUGUCAAAUAUGAUGAUGGCAUGCUAUUCAAUCUGUCUAUAAGACUGUAUAAGGGUGCAAUUUUUUUUGAAGCCCAUCUUCAAAGUGGCAUUGUGAAACUAUGUGCGGAUAAGGUAGCCUCCCUUUUUCAGUUUUGUUUUUUUUUUCUAUGAAAAUGGACCGAUUCCUGUGAUUUUUUUACACCUGUAUUCUAAAAGGACCCUCAGAUGUUUUUUUCCCAGUGGGCCGAGUCGAUCAAGACAUCAUCUUCGAAGCAGACACCAGAGGUAUCAGACAUGGGAGAAAGCAACACACAACACCAACGGCACAAAUCAUCAAUGAAGCACGAAACCAAACAUGAGGCAGAUUUUAAAGACAGCCAACAGACUUGGCAGGAAAUUCAACAAGUUCUGCAACAGUAGUGGUAAAACAAGGAAAACAAAAGACCAGCAAAAUCUCAUCUAACCUUACCUUUCUUUUCUAAGGUUAGGAUCCCAACAACCUACCAAAAGCAACACUAGGAAAUUU